AUGUCCUCCCUUCCUCAGAAGGACGUGAUCCUCGAUGUCUACGUUGAUCAGGUCGAAGCUAUCAAGAAAAUGACCCCAUGGGGCUUCGAAGGCAUCUACGUCAAGACGGAGAGAACCGCCGAAAACUGCAUGAACCUCUUCUCGCAAGAGUUACCUAUUUACAAGGACCACCUCCCAGUCGAUUCCUUCAAAACCUUGGAAACCGCACGGCUACAAGUGUCAACGGCACGGAGCUCCCUUUUAUCGAAUCUGAAAAACGCGCGCCAAGCUAAGGGACAGCCAUUCUGGAAGAAACCCAUCUUGAUUAUAACAAAACCUCGCGACGAAGUCAGAGUGCACCAUGAGCUCACGGAAACAUUUCGGGAGCUACUGAUGACGGCAUCGCGCGAAGCAAGGGACCAACACCGCCGAGCAGAGGUGUUUGCUGCUGUAGUCCAUAUGGAACGCAAUCACAUCGUCACAGAGAUGCACGAGAGCCGCAACCGCAACGAAACAUCCCAAAACUUCGCCGAGGGCAAGCAACCGUACCACGACGUCCCGGAAGACAAUGUCAUGGAUUACCUCAAGAAGGGAAAGACCCCGUCUUACAAUGUCGCCGAACUGACGAAUGAGGGGAUGGAUUCCAUGCUUGCCAUCCUUGACAAGGCGGAGGUCCGUCCUGCUGCUCCGGUGGAGCAAGAUACGUCUGAGCUGCGAACCCCCUCGGAUCAGUUUGAUAGCAGAGGCAACCGGGUAUUGUUUUAUGCUCGCGCGAAGUUAUCGGCAUGGGCCAGCACGGAUCGGCUGCGGUUGAUCCAGGCGUACGAACCGGACGAGCUGCUACAACUGAAGAAGGAAGAUAUCAUCGCCGUAACGCACGAGUCUCGUGAUGGAUGGUUCCGAGGACAACGCUUUACACUCCUGGGAUGGAGGCACCUUUGUAAGCCGGACAGGCUGCGCGAUCCCCAACCGCCCACGAGCAAACUGAGUAAGGAACCAUUACCGUUUGUCUCCCACUUGAAGAGCUGGUACAAGGACCGUCUGGGUACAACAUUUCCCAAAGGAACCACGGUUUCGAUCGGAUGCUACCCCAGUAAAGACAUGGAAAAGGACGGAACCAAUGCGGAAAAGAUGAUCGGCUCCCUGCUGCAACCGGCAGAGAGCGGCCUCUUUCCCGUGCAUUACGCGAAGAAAAUUCUGGGACCGAGGACAACAGAAUUACCGGAAGGGAUUUUGUACUACAUGACAGUAUGGCACGAUUUCGAUGGGCGGAAUAUGCAUCCACACGAUGCAAAAACGAACCUCUGGUUUGAGCCAGACGACGUGAUUGCGGUUAUCGACGCGCCUCCAGAUGCCCCUUGGAAAGGCGAGGUGGUAACCCGACAAGGUUCUCACACGCGACCAUCAGGCUCGUUCAUGCGAGAAGCGGUAGAAGCGGAGUUCCUAAUAUAA